AUGGCCUCUUAUAUGGAUACAGAUGGCCAGCAGCCGCCCAAGGGUGGGUUUGUAUCUUUGACCAAGAACCCUUACCUCUUCGGCGUGGCUUUGUUUUCGACUCUUGGUGGUAUGCUUUUUGGGUAUGAUCAAGGCGUCGUCUCGGGCAUUCUGACUAUGGAGUCGUUCGGGGCUCGAUUUCCUCGAAUUUAUACGGACAGUAACUUUGAGGGCUGGUUCGUGUCUACGCUUCUUCUAUCGGCAUGGUUUGGUUCCCUAUGUAACGGCCCAAUUGGCGAUCGACUAGGCCGUAAGGUUUCGAUGUUGAUUGCAGUUGUGGUUUUUGUGAUUGGUUCUGCAGUGCAAUGCAGUGCCAUGAAUCUUGCCAUGUUAUUUGCCGUGCCACUGUUUAUCUCUGAGAUUUCUAUUCCUGAAAUUCGAGGUAGCCUAGUCGUACUUCAACAACUAUCAAUCACCAUCGGAAUCCUCGUCAGUUUCUGGAUCGACUACGGCACGAACUAUAUCGGCGGUACUCGCUGCGCCCCCGAUAUCCCAUAUACCGGGGGAACAUUGUCAAAGCCGACCUUCAACCCAUACACCGACGUCCCAUCUAACCGCCACUGCAAAGGACAAUCCGAAGCAUCCUGGCGUCUCCCCUUUGCGCUCCAAAUCGUGCCGGCAUUGAGUUUGGGCAUCGGAAUGCUGUUUUUUCCCGAGUCACCGCGUUGGCUACUCAUGCAAGAACGCGAUGACGAGGCACUCGCUACGCUGUGCCAGUUGCGUCGAAAGAGCUCGCGCGACGAGCCGGAGCUUGUCACUGAAUAUCUGGAAAUCAAAGCUCAGCUCAUGCUUGAGAACUCCUUUGCGAAAGAGAAAUGGCCUCAUCUUUCUGGCCUGAGGUUGGAUGCGGCGCAGUACUUGUCGUUGUUCAGCACUUGGGCUCGGUUCAAGCGUCUUGCUAUCGGGUGUGUUGUGAUGUUCUUCCAGCAGUUUAUGGGUGCCAACGCAAUGAUCUAUUACGCGCCAACAAUUUUCUCCCAACUUGGCCUCAGCGGCAACACAUCAUCUCUCCUUGCAACUGGCGUCUACGGCAUCAUCAAUAGUCUGAGCACCUUACCAGCGCUUAUCUGGAUUGACAGUGUUGGCCGUCGAGUGCUUCUGAUGUGCGGCGCUGUGGGCACUUGCAUCUCCCUGGUCAUCGUGGCAGGCAUUAUUGGCGCCUACGGAUCUACUCUUGUAGACCAUAAGACUGCUGGCUGGGUUGGCAUUGCGUUUAUAUAUAUCUACGAUAUCAAUUUUUCGUAUUCGUUUGCACCCAUUGGAUGGGUUCUUCCAUCGGAAAUAUUCAAUCUGUCGAUUCGAUCAAAGGCUCUCUCUAUUACCACGUCGGCAACAUGGAUGUGCAAUUUCAUCAUCGGACUAGUUACGCCUGACAUGUUAUCGUCCAUUUCUUGGGGCACAUACGUGUUUUUCGCAGCUUUUUGUCUGAUCGCGUUCGCUUUCACGUAUUUUGUGAUUCCGGAAACAAGAGGAAAGAGUCUCGAAGACAUGGACCUCAUCUUUGGCGACACCGCAGCCCACGAAGAAAAGCAGCGCAUAGUCCAUUUUGAGGCACAGCUACGUGGCAUGCCGCUUGUUAGUGAGGACGUGCUCAAGGAAGAAAUUGUGCAGCAGGAGCAUGUCCAUGCACAAAACUAG